CAAAGUGCGACAAUUAGCUCUCUAUGUUGACUUGGCGACGGAGCGGAGGGGGUUGUUCCUGACGCUGCAACUACAAGGUAGAACAACGAGAGAUGGCGACUGGCCACUUUAACGUUUGACACUACAACACCUUAUCUAUUGCUGAGAGUCGGUACAUAUGCAUAAAGAACGGACAUCUGCCAUCCUACUGCAUUGACAUUCUACCACGUCGAAAAAUAAGUCAACCACAAAACAAAGGGGUCACUUUCGGUCAUCCAAAGUCGAUCAAAGUUGGCGGAAUUGUUUUAUUCUAGAAUACACGCUUUAAUCUGCUGUGAGGGCGUCGGGUUUUACGCGGCUUUGGAAUCGUGGAUUCAACGAGUGGAUCCGGACGGAUAAGGAACGCAACUCUGAAAAGAUAAAUCGAGCGACAAAGUACGUUAUUCAGGCCUUUAAUAUUGAUAUGAUAUGAUAUUAAUAUGAAAUGUAUAAUAUACUUUUGAACAUUUUGAGUAUCCCGUGUCAUCAUCUGGACAUAUAACUGUUUAAUAUAUUGACCAUUACGACUGGACCCACGAGCGUGGCCAUUUACAGCAUUAGACAUAUUUUCCUUACUAUUGAUUGCCGCCAUUUUGCGAGGGUCUAGGUCAUCUGUAUGAUGACCUCUGGAUCAUCACGCGCCUCCCUGUGCCUGCUGUGGGUGUGUCUUGGCGUAUCUGUGUCCGGUCAAGGUUACACGUGUACCAACCUGGACAAUGUCCAGCACCUGGAGAGGUCUGUCCAGCUGAAGGGGUCAACCUUCCUGGUACUUCAGGCGAACGGCAUCAUGACCUGCGCUGUCCACUGUUUGAACCGGAAGAGAUGCAAGUCCAUCAACUUCAGCACCCAGUCCGAUAUGUGUCACCUGAACGAGGACGCCACGAGGAGUCAACUCGUCAACAACUCGUCUUUUGUCUUCUCAGAUAUCGGCAGCUGGUCACAGAGACUGCUUGGUGUUUGUGAAAAUCACCACUGUUCGCUGUUUGAUGUCUGUAACAGCAAUGCAAACUUGCCAGUACAACGCACAUGUCGUUUAGAUGAUAAAGUACGUCGACCGACGUCAUGCGCAGACGUGAAACUUUGUACCGGAAAUGAAGAAGAUGGCGAAUACUGGAUAUUUCUGGAACAAUUCGAUGGCGCCCCUAGGCGGUUGUUCUGUCGCGGAAUGAACCAGACUGUGCCCCAGGCGUUCCUUACUUUGUCAACGCCGAAUGUUGGCGUGCAGCCAAACAUCAGAAACCACAAGUGUAAUGGAGAAUAUAUUCAUGGUGAACGGGGAGAGACUACAUACCAUAAAAUAAGACUGAACGAAAGAACCCUCGCCGUUGACAUUGAGGACACGACGUUUGCCGACGUUGUUGGUCCACACGUCCUCUACGGCAAGUCGUACGACUGUUACUCCGAACAUGACAACGGCGUUCUGAGCGCUUGCGGCCUUAAAGGUCACUUCCUCAUUGACCUCCGACACACCGGGUUUGUCGUCAGUGAAAAGCAAGGUUGGUACACAACUGGAUGGCUUCCCCUGGCGCUGGUGAAUAGGACAGAAGGGGGUGCUGUGGUGAAGCUCGACUGUGGGGGAUUCUGUGGGGGGUGCGUUCCCAAUGGGGAUCAGCUGCUCCUAGACCUGAACAGGGCGGAAGAACUUCCCGAAUCGAGUGCCUCACUGGUGAGAUGUGUCUGAGGGAUGCCUAAAGAAGGAAUACAUUGUGUUAUUUAUUCGGUUAUCGAUCCGUACAUAAGUCUGAUUGUUCAUGUCAGUGAAGCACUUAUGUAAACUUAACGAUAUUUUGUAAACAUUAAUUGAUCCUAUGUCACACAAGUGUUAAAGUCCAUACACUGUUUCGUUCGCACUAGUCUGUUCGGGGGCGGUCGGGUAGCCUAGCGGUUAGAGCGUUCGCUCGUCACGCCGAAGACCCGGGUUCGAUUCCCAAUAUGGGUACAAUGUGUGAAGCCCAUUUCUGGUGUCACCCGCCGUGAUACU